ACAAGGAAGAAGAAGAAGAGUGAAGAAGUGUCUCCGAGUCCAUCAGUCAUCAGAUCGGAACGGAAGAGAUACAAAUUCUUCCAAUCUCUAUCUAUCUAAGCUAUGAUAUAAGGAGUGUUGCUGUCAUUAGCUGCUUUUUGUCACAUUGAUUCUUACAAGUGGACGAAAAACAGUAGAAAUUACUUACUUUUUGCCCGACUUUUAAGCACCUUAAAAUCAAUAUAUUCAAACAAAGUGGUAGUCAUCAAUCCCGGCAGAGGCACUAUGAUUGAACCUCUGCCUCUAGUCUCGUCUCUUUCUCCUUCGGUUCUCUCUUUCCUUGACGCUGAACUACACACUGCCGAUGAUCUCCAGCAAGCUCCGAGGCUUGUUUCUGAGUUGCAGAAUGAUUGUCGUCUCUUAGAUCAGAGCCUCAUUGAUUUAAACCAAAGGCUUGGUACCUCAUUGUUUGCUUAUUCUACGUACUCUGAUGAAGUUGGUGCCCUCUUUGAAGACAUUAAUGCCAAAUUAAGCAGUUUUCAGUCUUCUUUAUCGGAUGGAGAGGGUGGAGAGCAAAAGGAAAAGUCAGAAACCUUCUUGGGGAAGGAGUUGCCCGCACUUGCUCGUGAAGUGGCUAGGGUUGCGGCAGUUAGAAUUUAUGCUGAAACAGCAUUGAAACUUGACACCUUGGUCGGAGACAUUGAAGAUGCGGUUUCUUUUAGUGUAAAUAGAAAUUUAAGGAAGCAGACGUCUUCCCAGAACUCAGAGGAAGCACGUUUUGCUGCUAUUAGUGCUAUCAAACUAGCAGAAGAUGUUCUAACUAAAGUUUCACGAACACGCCCUCAAUGGUCCCGCCUCGUUUCAGCUGUUGAUCACAGAGUGGAUCGAGCGUUAGCCAUUUUACGGCCUCAAGCAAUUGCUGAUUAUCGAUCCCUUCUUACCUCCCUUAACUGGCCACCACCUCUGUCCACUUUAAACCACUCUAAUGCAGAAGCAAAAACCUCAUCUGAAUCUACUAAUCCCCUUUUCACAAUGCGUGGUGACCUCAAGCGACAAUAUUGUGACAGUUUUCUUGCACUUUGCAAAAUACAAGAAUUACAAAUGCAAAGAAAAUCCAGACAACUUCAAGGGCAGAACCAUGAAUUUACUUUACAUCAGCCACUUUGGGCCAUUGAAGAGCUUGUAAAUCCUAUAUCGAUUGCAUCUCAACGCCAUUUUUCAAAGUGGUCUGACAAACCGGAGCUGAUUUUUGCUUUAGUUUAUAAAAUAACUCAAGAUUAUGUCAAUUCUAUGGACGAGUUAUUGCAGCCACUUGUUGAUGAAGCAAUGUUGUCAGGUUAUUCGUGCAGGGAAGAAUGGAUUUCAGCCAUGGUAUCAUCCUUGUCUACUUAUAUGGCAAAGGAAAUAUUCCCUAUUUAUAUAAGUCAGCUUGAUGAAGAAAGCACUACUGAAAAUCAAUCACUAGCUAAAGUAUCAUGGUUACAUUUUAUCGAUUUAAUGAUUUCUUUUGAUAAAAAAGUGAAAAGCCUUGUAGCACAGUCUGGAGUUACACUAUCCCUUGAGGAAGAUGAGAAUACACAAAAGAUAUCUUCUUUAUCUGUUUUCUGUGAUCGACCGGACUGGCUUGAUUUGUGGGCUGAAAUAGAACUCAGUGAUGCAAUUGAUAAACUGAUGCCUGAAAUCGAGGAUGAGAAAAAAUGGUUGAUGGAAGUUCAAGAGUCAGGUCUUGUUUCAGGUUCAGAAUCAUAUCGCUCACCUGCAAUCUCGAGUGCUUUUCUCAGGCGUUUAUCAUCUAUCAUUGAACGGUGCCGAUCAAUUCCAAGUGUUCCUUUGAAAGCACGGUUUAUUAGAUUGACAGGUGCAUCCGUUAUAAAUCAUUUUUUGGAUAUCUUACUUUCAAGAUGCCAAGAAGCCGAAGGUUUGACCGCUCUGACAGAUGAUGAUGCUUUGAUUAAAGUGACAAAGUCUAUCAAUGCUUCUCGGUAUUUUGAGUGUAUAUUAAAGGAAUGGUGUGAGGAAGUGUUCUUUCUUGAAAUGCAAAUGGAUUCUGGUGGUAUAAUUGAUGAGGAAAUUAGUAAGCUGGAGAACUUUAGAAUUGAAUGGGUUGAGAAGUUGUCCACUGUUACUUUAAGGGGGUUUGAUGCUUGCUGUCGUGAAUAUUUUAAAAACAGGAAGCAAUGGAUGGAAAAGACUGAAGAAGGUUGGGCUGUGUCAAAAUCAUUCAUUGGGGCGCUUGAUUAUUUGCAGGCAAAAAUGACAAUACUAGAAGUAAAUCUAAAUAAGAUGGAUUUUGUUGGAGUUUGGAGAAACCUGGCAACUGCUAUAGAUUCACUUCUUUUCAGUGGCAUUCUUAUGAGCCAUGCAAAGUUUAGUGAUGGCGGUGUAGAAAGACUUGCUAAUGAUGUGACAGUUCUGUUUGGUGUUUUCAAAGCAUGGUGUUUGAGACCUGAAGGGUUCUUCCCGAAAUUAAGUGAGGGUUUAAAGUUAUUGACAAUGGAGGAUAAACAACUGCGUGGCAGCAAAGAAGGAGGGGAUAGGUGGCUCAAUAAAAAUUUGAUAAGGCAUUUGACUGUGAGUGAGGCGGAAAGAAUUGUGAAAAGUAGGAUAUUUGGAUGAACAUUUCAAGUUUUCCAGGUGCUGCUAACUUAGGAUUGUUAACGGGUACACUUGAGUAUCUACUCUGUUUUAAUUCUGAAAAUUGAAGGAUUAUGUUGUACAGUUCUAUUAUAUUGUGAGAAUUACUUUGCUUGUUUAUUUAUUA